GUAUGGGACUCUCGUCUACGGCCAGUUCAGCUGACAGGUUAGUGUUAUCCCAGCCUCUCACUUUUGUCGGAAGUGAUGGUACAACUCGCUAUAAUAAGCGCAAGUACGACCAAAUGCCACGUACCCUUUACCUCUCUGGGCGUCUGAACGAGUUGAACAAGAUGGCCUUCUUCAACUAUCUGUGGCUGUAUAACAAAUCCAAGGCGUUAUCCAUACAACACAUUAUCGCCACUUUUGCCUUGAAUCCCGGGACCGAAUCAAACCUGGUGAAAGGCGCUCUGCAAGCAUGCCAACCAGUGAUACUCAAGAACAUGAACAACAUGGCCGCCGAACUUACGGGUCGACUUUUGACGUACUACGCAUCCCACCCAAACAUUCGCCACCUCAUACAGCAGUGUGAUGUAGAAGGUUUGCAGCAUUCAGCUCUCGUGCCAGCUUUCCCUUAUCAUCAAGUACCCGGGGGUCCUCUGCAGCACACUCUCGAAUCCCCAACUCCACUCCAGUUUUUCCAGCUUCUGGGUAGCGACUCAAGAUACCUUUUAGCCAAGGAGAGAUCCAGUCAGAAUAUCCUUGUGUUUGAUCUUGCCACAGGGGAGUGGAAGUACGAUAUUCAAGCGUCAGCUGGAGACAUGCAUUUGACACCAGAUGGCUCCAUGAUCGUCUUGCUGGACCACGUGACCGAGAUGUCAGUGAAGAUUCACAGAAGCGAUACAGGAAAAUACGUAGGACAACUCAUCCCCUUGAAUCACACAACGGGGGAGACGAGUGAGAAGUACAAAUUAGGCAGGAUGUCUCUGUCUAAUGAAUUCCUAUGCAUUAUUGCCACGUUUGAAAAAAGCUACCUUUGUAUCGCCAGCGUCAAUGAAUGCAAAUUCAUCGAAGUGGUCAAUUUGAAUGGUAAAGCUAGCGUUUGUACAAUCACGCCCGAUUCUAGAUUCGUCUUUACCAACUCUGCUGAGACUCUGAUGUCAUAUGACUUGUUCACACUAGAACACGUGUGCAGCCUUCCACUUGAGCACCGACCGAACCACGUUGUUUUUACCAGAGAGGGCCACAGAGGGUUUGUGAGUAACCUGGAGGAGAAUGUUAUAACUGUGCUACAUGCCAAAGAGGGAUACGUCGAUCUCACGUACAAGAUAUCCCUAACGGAGCUUCUGAAGGGAGAUCAAAUAUCCGACCUCGUUGUUUCCCAUAAUGAGAAAUAUCUUCUUGUGAGAGGAAACAGCAAUUUGGUCAUAUACGGCGUGAAGAAUGAGAAGGUUCUUUCCUGCUUUGGUAGACCCUCCGACACACCAGUGCAGUUCAAACUACCACAGAGAAGCCUGACCGACCUGAACUUCACCCAAGCCAAGUUCUCCCAAGACGAUCAGUACGUUCUAGCGACCAUCUUUAGAAAUAUCUACAUCAUCGAUGUAUUGUCGGGAAACUUGGUCACAAAACUGCAGUCUCCCAUGGGAAUUAUCACGAGCCUGCUUUUGCCAGACAAACGCAAGCAGAUAGUGACACACAUUGAGAACUCGGACGUCAUCCACGUGUGGAACCUUGACGACGCAAUCAAACACGUGGAUACCCUGGAUCGCCUCACCGGACGCAUCCAGGAAGUUUUGGUCACCAAGGACAACACAGUGUCCUUUGUCCGUUGCCAUAACAGCGAUGAGGUCGGGGUCAUCGACAUGAGCACGGGUCAACUUUGUGACCUCUUGACCCACGAGAGUCCCUUGACUGGCUUAAGCAUCACCACGGACGGGAGAUACGCGUUUGUGUCGGUGCAGCCAAAACGACCAGGGAUCACUAAUAAAAUAUGGCACAUGGAAGAGCGGAAGAUCAUCCACGAAUUUGGUGAGGUCGGGGGUUACAGCGUACCGCUGCACAAUGUGAGCACCAUCAUCAGUGUGUGCCAGAAAGAAAUUAACUUCAAGGCUCCGUACUACAUCAGCUUGUUCAAGUUUGAAGAAGACAGAGUUGUGGAAGUGCAGUGUGAUUUAACACUGAACUUUGUCCUCAGCAAACCAUUCGUCACCAAAGAGGACAGGUACCUGAUUGUUCUCACGGCGGAUGAGUACAACGAGUAUAAAGCAGAAUACAACAGUCCCGCUAUCUGUGCCUUUUCUCUUGAGAACGAUUUCGCCGUGGCGUCUUACAGCCCUGCUGACCUUCGCUCAUGCGUUAAUGUUAAGCGCAUGCUGGAUGUUCGUCCUCACGAAAGUAACCCUUAUGCCGUCAUUGUGCUGUACUCGUGCGCAGCAGAGGAGGAUGAAUACAACGGAGUAUCCAGUGGCUACACGUCUGGAAUCGGGUUCCUGAUAUUAGACGUAUGCAGCGGAGCCGUCAUCCACGUCUGUGACACAUUCUUCCCACCAGAUGUGGACUUGAGCAGAAUCUUAAUCAACCAAGACGUGACCCUCUGCAUGGAUGCCCAGUCCCACAUCUACGAUAUUACCACAGGGUUUUGGAAAUGUCAGCUGGUGCCCACAGGGACUUGUCCACAGAGGUUUGCGCUCAAUGGAAAAGCUGUGAUUUACUACGAAGAUCAAGAGGUCUACGUGAUCAGAGUUGAAGACGGCAAGGAAAUCGCUCGGUGUGACGUCCACAUGCCGAUCACGUGUGUUGAAGUCUGCCAUGACCAGAGAACGAUUGUCAUAGGCUGCAGCGACGGUGCGGUCUCGGCAUACGUCCUCAUUGACGAGCGGUACGACAAUGCCAAGGAGAUCGUUAAGACCAUCCCCAGUCGCCAGUUGCCACUUAGCACGGACAUUGACGGACGAACUUCUAGAUCAUGGGACAAGGUCGAAAGUUCGGCGCCCCAAACACCCAUACGGCUUCCCUCAGCUCUUAGUCUUGGCCAAAGCGAGAAAGAGAUGCUCAGAAAGAUCAAACCUGUCGACAGAAUACGACCCCAGUCUGACACUUUGAUUUACCUCAAUGCGAGGUCGAAGACGUGUUCCGUAAUGUGA